GGAACAAGGCCAGCGUGCCACGACACUAGACAGCGCAGCAUCGUGGCCGGUCAGUACGAAGUCGCUCAGCUCGAGUCCUCCCAUAGGCGCCGCCCUUAGCGCCUUUCCGACCCACGUGAGCCCGAGCCCCAGCCAUCGUGUUUACAUCGCGUACGGGUAGCUUUCGCUCCAUCCGAUCAACACCACACCACACUGCCCCCGCCGUGCCCUCGCCCAGCGCCCCCUUCUUGCCUCGACAUCUAUACCGUUCUGAUCGCGACACUAGCGCGACCUGGGCCCUGCCAAUCACCAUGUCGCACUCCUGGCUGUCCAAGAAGCGCAAAGCCGACCUCAUUGAACUUGCGCAGAAGGCUAGGCUCCCCGAUGCAGAUGGUCUUCUGAAGGAUGAUCUGGUGGAGAUGCUGGCCAACCAUCUCAACUCAAACGAGACGACCUUUGCCAAACACCCUGAAUUCCGCGACUACUAUGGCCGCAACGGAUCCCCCGUGAAGCGCGAGCGCCUGUCGCCUGCAGAGCCCUUUACUGCCACCAAGACGACGCGCCGUCGCACACUGAUCAAGGAGCCUUCUCCAGAGUCGGCACCAGCACCAGCACCAGCACCGGUACUGGCACCAACCCCCGCACUGGCACCACAGCGCAGCCCCGUUGUGGAGCGUAGCAGCGCCGUGGAGCGCAGCACUGCCCUGGACCGCAGUCCUGUCCUGACACGGACACCCAAGUCAGUCACUCGACGUGUCUCCGAAGCCGUCCCCCAAGUGGAUAUCCCUGCAUCGCCUGCGCAACUUGCUGAGGUCGCUGACCAAUCGUUCCAAAUCGUCAAGAGCAAGGCCACAGAACUAUGGGACAAGACGCGCAUCGAUGAGCUCAAGGAGUUUAUCCGCGAAAACGCGAGUUCCGUUGCCACCAUCCAAACCAUCAUCCUGCUUGUAGAGGCGGUCGGACUGCAGUGGAACACCCUGGACACGACAGCUUUGUUUGCUAUGCCCCCCGCACUCAGCUCGUACUCGACCAGCGAGCACGUUCGAGGCCCUAACGGAUGGGCGCUUUUGACAGCUGAAUGGUGGGCCCCCGCCACUCUCUGGUCUCUCACAAGCUGGGUGUUGCCACUCGUCUUCUCAUACUUUUUCAACCUGACCCUGCGCUCAAACACUGCCCGCCGAUCAGAGGACCGCCAAUACCCCGCUGACCCCCUCAUCUUCAACAUCACCAGGGCGAUACUGGCCUACAGUGCAUACAGAGAAACUGUCAACACUGCACUUGUCCCGAGCGCCUGGGGUCCAUUCUCUGAGUAUGCCGUUGCACGCGUCGGAAACCACGUACCCGGAGGUUACUACGGUCUACAAAUCAGCUCAUUAGUUGGCAUACUCGUCAGUCUGUACGAUGCUGCAUUGAAGAAGUAGAUGGUCUGCCUCAAGAUAAAACACGACCGAGAUUGUAGAUGUUGAUCUUCAAUUGCUUGUGGCACUAACGGCGUCGGGAUAUUUGAUACCUCUAGCAGGAGCGGGCUUGACCAUUUGAGACAUGUGAUUGAUAUACUUUGUUAAUACUAGCGAUUGUUUCGGCGACCUGCUUCGUGCGGUACUUUUCACACGCCAUCAACGAGUGAAUCUAAGAGGGGGAAGGAUAGGACAGGAGGAAACCAGCCAGUGCAAGACUGCGGCUUGAAAGCGGUCCGAAACCUGCUGCGGCAGCCAUGGCCAAGAAGCACAGCCGCAAUAUCUUCCUUUUGGGGUAGGCUGUGGCGGAGACAUCCACUUGUGGCAAUAUCUGCUUAUCCGUGUAUUGUAGAAGGGUUUUGCUUUUUAUUGGCGCAUCAUCCCUCGGGCGUUAUACUGUUCUAGGGCGAUUCCAUAGCCCAUGGGAAUCUAGGCGUACGAAUUACAUACGCU